AUGGCCUCCAUUUGCAUUGAUUCAAUCUUAGAUGAACUGGAGUUGCUGGACAGCCACCCCAGUAAGGAUGUGGACUUGGUUGGGCUCAAGCCGGUUCCAGUUGCAGUUGUAAAUGUACUAUUCUCAGAGAUGAAGUCAUGGAAUUCUUGGAUUCCUUAUUGGAGAUUCUGGUUGAUUUUAGGGGUUGAUCAUAGUCAACUGGAAAAACUUCUGAUUCAUUGUGAAGCCGUGGCAGUCAUUUCAGCUCUGUUCCUUCACGACACAAGUGACUGGCGAGAGGUCUUUGAGAUUCUAGAGAAGAUCAAGCCUGUUGAUCCCCAAGUCCGCGAGAUCUAUAUCCAUGUCUUGAUGGAUUCAAAGUCGUUUGAAAUAUCACACUCUCUCACUGUGGAGGCAGGUAAUUGUAGCAUCCUGGUGAAUUUUGUUGAUUCUCGCCUAGGCUGCCUUUGGGAGUUACAGGAUAACAGUAAUAUUUUUGUGGCUUCUGCCAAGUAUCAAAUGCAAAUGCUCUAUAAGGGACUGAAGUUCUUGAACAACAUUCUCAAGCACCAGCAAGAGGAGUUUACUGUGGUACAUGAAAAAACCAAGGAUCUUAUUGAAGGUGUGAUUAAAGAGGCAGGGAUUGUAAUUUUCUCGCUUUAUAUACAGGAAAUGGAAUUAGGAUCGGCCAGGGAAAUAGAUGUUGCUCUGUUCACUAUACUACAACAGAUUGAAAUUAUUAAGGCAGAAGUAGCAGAAAAGUAUCCGGUGAAGUCAGCACUGAACUAUCCUAGUGCCAGUGAGGUGGACUUCAUUGAUCUUAUACUAGAAAAUUUGAAUGAACUGGCAAGCCAUGAAGUUUCUUCAACUGCUUUUACAACGGAUAGACUACAAACCGUCCAAGAAGAUCUUGUGAUCCUAAGGACUUUCUUUGGGAAUAUUUUGGAGCAGUGCAACCAGCAUGAGCAGCUUCAAGCUCUCUGGUGCCAUUUUGCAGAGAUGGGGCACAAAGCAGAGUUAGUCAUUGAUACCUUAAUGCUUGGAGAGAUAUUUUCAUCUUCUGUGGUGAGUUUUGAUACCACUACACAAGAAAUUGUGCUUCUAAAAAAUAGGACCUUGGAGAUUGUUGACAAUAACUAUGUCUUGGAAACCCAAAAAGAUUUGAAGACCCCUAGACAUGUGGCAUCACAAGGUACUAUCUCAACAAUCAAUGAAGCUGUGGUAGUUUUGGAUGAUGAGACACAAGCAAUAAUUGAUCAACUUACAAGAGUUUCAAUGCAUUUGGACAUUGUUUCCAUUGUGGGGAUGCCUGGACUUGGUAAGACAACUUUAGCUAGAACUGUUUUCCAUGAUCCUUCAAUUAUGUCUCACUUCUAUAUUCAUGCAUGGUGCUGUAUUUCUCAAGUAGAUUGCAAGAAGGAUUUGUUACUUGACAUUCUGGUUUGUAUUGCUUCGACAAAUUCUGAUAAAUAUUAUAAGAUGAAUGAAGAUGAUUUGGCUGAACAACUCUACAAACGAUUGAAGGGUAGAAGGUAUGUCAUUGUUCUGGAUGAUGUUUGGGAUAUUGAGGUGUGGAAUCUUCUGGAAAGAUCAUUCCCAGAUGAUGCCAACGGAAGUAGAAUUCUCUUGACAAGCCGACUUUUCGAGGUGGCUUUGCUAAUCAAGCCUACAGGUAUUCUUGGAACUCUGGAGCUAGAUGGUUGGAAAGAAGUUGCAGAAAGGCUCAGUUCACACAUCGUGUUUGGGACGGACCAGUGCAUGAGUAUAUUAGGUUGA